AUGGCAACAGUCGGGAAGGAAUCACGUGAAGCAAAAGACGUUUGUGUGAACGGAGCAGCCUCGGAGACACAGGCCCAGACUGACAGCGUCACCGUCCGGCCGCAGCGGUUCGCCUUCAGCCCCGGGCCCAGCAUGGAAGAUCUCCGCAGGAUGCAGGCCGAGUUCACGGACGAGCGGGACUGGAACCAGUUUCACCAGCCCCGCAAUUUGCUCCUGGCCAUGGUGGGAGAGGUGGGUGAGGUGUCCGAGCUCUUCCAGUGGAAGGGGGAGGUGGCGGAAGGACUACCGGACUGGACCGAGUCCGAGCGCGAGCAGCUGGCGCACGAGCUGAGCGACGUCCUGAUUUACCUGCUGGAGCUGUCCGAGAAGUGUCGCGUGGACCUUCCCCAAGCCGUGCUGCGUAAAAUGGCCCUGAACCGACUGAAGUAUCCUGCGAGUAGAGUGCACGGCUCGGCCAAGAAGUACACGGAGUACAAGGACUGAGCCAUGGGGGACACCUUUUUUUGUUGUUAUUGUUGCAUUUUCCUCUGGACCUGCACUGCUGCAGAAUAUCUUGUAUAAAGACAUUCUUUGGGUCAACUUUUUUAUCUAAUCAAAAAUGUUAAGGGAUUCUUUCUAAUAUUUCCCAGAUUUGAAACGGGGAAUAAAAUAUUUGGAGGAAAAACAUUUCCAGUGUGAUUUUGUACGAGU